UGUCACGCUCUUGAAAUGCAGAAACUUAAAACUGGGAAAGACCCUGGAAUUUCUGGUGCUUGGCUUCACACGCACAAAUUGCAUCGAGGGACUGAUGAAGAGCAGAUAUGCAGUCAAAGAACUGCUGAUCAUUGGGAGGAUUUUGAUAAGGCAAUGAAAAAUGCCCAUGGAGAAAAUUGGGAAGAGGAGCACCCGGAUUUAGAUGGACAGAUCAUCUAUGAAGCAGUUGGCAGAAUGCCACAUGGCAGGCUGGGAAUUGCUAAUGAGUUUUUUAGCAAAGCAGAGAAGGCGAAGUUUAAGUCUAAAAGGGUGAUGGCCUCACAGUCGAUGCAGUCUGCUAAGGAGGAGCAUCUAGAAAGAGAAAACAAACAUUUGAAGCAGGAGAUCAAGCGUCUUCGAGGCAUUGAGCUUGUUGUUCAGGUAAUCUUGUCUUCUCUUGUAAAUUGGAGUUUGAGUCAAUAGGUUUGUGCUGACAUG